AUGGCAGGCAGUGAAGCGCUGCGAGCCAGGUUUAGGGCUGCGCCCAGAUUUCGCUACUUCCAGGCGCACAGUUCGCAACAGCCGGCCGAAAGCGCCAGCUUCUUGGCGCUCUUCUCGUCGCCUCUCGAGGCUCAAAUGGCUGCCGCCUACUGUCCCUACGGCAGUCUGCGACAGGGCGCUUAUCUCACCGGCGCCGCCUGCCUCGUCCCGCCCUGCAAGUCGUCUCUUCUGCCUCCUCCGCACUCGUCGCAGCCUCAAACACAACCUCACCAUCAACCUCAUCUCCAACCUCAAACCCAGCCCUAUUCUCAGUCACAACCACAAGCACAACCACAACCGCUAGCGCCGAGCCACGCGGUUCUGGGCGGUGAAGGAGCCCACGAGGUCGGCGUUCUGCGAGUCUCCGAGGCGUCGGUCCUGCCGAUGCUGCCGAUGCUGUCGGGUCUGCCGGGAAUUGCGGGAAUUGCGGGAAUUGCGGUUUCGCCAGCUCCACCGGCGGUGUCAGGCCAGCGCGCCUGGCCCCGGCACGACGAACUGUUUCCACGCCUCUUGCCGGCCAGAGACGUCGGGCUCGCGGCCGCCGGGUUGCUGCCCACUACAACUUGGUUGCCAUCCGGCCAGUCAGCCAGCGGUGCCCAAUCUCUUCUCUAUUCUCUUUUCCUUUACUCUUCUCUUUCCUCUUCUUUUCUCUUAUCUUCUCUUCUCUUCUCUAUUCUUGUCUCCUCUCUUCUCUUGUCUUCUUUCUUAUCUUCUUUUCUCUCUUCUCUUCUUUCUUCUGUUCUCUUCUCCUCUCCUCUCUUCUCCUUUCUUAUCUUCUCUAAUCUUCUCUUUCCUCUUCUCUUUUCUUCCAUCUUCUCUUCUCUCCUCUCUGCUCUUUUCUUCUAUUCUCUUCUCUUGUCUCCUCUCCUCUCUUCCCUUCUCUUUUCUCCUCUUUUCUUCUCCUUUCUGCUCUUUUCUGUUCUUUUCUCCUUUUUACUCCUCUAUUCAUUUUUCUUCUUUUUUCUCUUCUCCUCUCUUCUCCGCUCUUCUCUUCUCUUAUCUCUUUUCUUUUCUUCUCUUCUCUAUACUUUCCUCAUCUCUUCCCCUCUCCUUUCUUCUCUUCUCUUCUCUUCUCUUUUCUCCUCUCUUCUUCUCUCUUUUUUUCUCCUUUCUUCUCUUCCCCUCUCCUCUCUUUUCUUUUCUUCUCUUCUCUUCUUUUUUAUCCUCUCCUAUCUUCUCUCUUCUCUUCUUUUCUCCUCUCUUCUCUUCCCUUCUCUUUUCUCUUCUCUUCUCUUUUCUCUUCUAUUCACUUCUCUCUUCUCUUCUCAGCUAAACUUAACUAAACUCAAUCCAAAUCGUCUCGGCUUAAUCUAA